UACACUUAUGAAGCCUCUAGCCUGCCUAUCUACACAUGGUUUCACAAACAACGUGGAUUUAUUACUAUUGUGUGUGCGUAAUUUGAAAAAUAUUUUAGCGCACAGUGGGGAGGUCAUCAAUAUCCAUUAAAUAAUUCAAAUUCGUAUGCGAACAAAAACGAAUUCGUAUGUCGCAAGCAAUGGAAGUUUAGUUAGCCAACGCUACUGAGCUAUCAGUAAUGUUUUAAUGCUGUAUUCACUAACGUUACUUUACUACUACGUGUCCAUAACUAAAUAUGUUUGCUGAAGAGGAAUGGAAUGAUACUGCUUCGGCAGAGCCUUUGACUCAGUGUGGCAUUACAGAGACUGAUUCAAUCAAAGAAAAGGUAAAGUUAACGGCAAAGGCUGGGAAGAAGAAGAGUUUGUUGAGAACUCUCCAAACUCUGGGAUCAGCACCUGACUGGAGCAGUUGUCCUGCUCCUAAAGAUAGUGACAGUGAAGCAGAAAAGGAGGCUCCAACAUCACAUCCUAAGAAAAAGAAAAAAAGAAUUAAGAAGCGUAAAAGAGGUAGGCUGGCAAAAAGUCAGACAGAAGAAGGAGAUGGGGCAAAUCAUGUUGAGGAUGACGUUCCCAAAGUUGCCAAAAAGCGGAAGUUAAGCCCUCAAGUUAAAGUCUCCAACAAAAUCAGUACCAAAUCAGUACCAACAAUGGAACAGAUGGAAGAUGCCCAGACGGAUAAAGGGGCCAGUAGCAGUAUUGAGAAGCCUCUAAGUCGCAAGCAGUGGAAGAACAGAAUGAAAAACAAAAGAAAAUGUAAAAACAAGUACCAGGAGAAGACCCAUCCACUUCAGGUGUCCACAUCAGAGACAGGACAGGACCGCACAGGACCGGUGAAAGGAUCUGAGAAAAAAGACACUUCUAACAAGCCGGAACAAAUAGAGCCUUGUGAUACAAAUAAGGCAAAGUCUAAGAUGUCCAGGAAAGCAGAGAUAAAAAGAAAAAAACUAGCAGCAAAGAAAAUGAGUAGCUCUAUUCCUCCCUCUAAUACAGAUGAGGUAUUAGUACCCGUGGAUAACUUGACUGACACCAGCAACAUUACAAACGAUGAUUCAAAUGAAAAUCUUAUCAAGUCACCAGAGAAAGCGGAGCCUCUGAAGCCCUCUGACAAGAGGAAACAGAAGGAGAAACAAAUGCGAGCAGAUAAACUGAGGCAUAUGCUGGAUAGUCAUCGCUCGGAGGCCAAAGCAAAGUCUGCAGAGGACGGAGAGGAGUCGACAGAGAAAGAGACUGAAGAGGAGGACGUGGUGAAUGGUGAAGUGCAGCCCCUGGAUCGCUCUGCUGCUUUGCGGUCCAAAAUGGAAAAGCGCCUGGAAGCAGCCAGAUUCCGCUACAUCAACGAGGUUCUGUACACCACCUCAAGCAGUGAGGCCAAGCGCAUGUUCAAACAGGAUCCAAAGGCUUUUGAGGUCUACCACCUUGGCUUUACCACGCAAGUCCAGCACUGGCCUGAAAAUCCUGUGGAUGCAAUAAUUUCCUUCAUUCAUCAAAAGCCAGCAUCUUUGGUAGUUGCUGACUUUGGCUGUGGUGACUGCAAAAUUGCACGUAGUGUGAAAAACAAAGUGCAUAGCUUUGAUCUGGCACCCACUUGUGACUUGGUGACAGUGUGUGACAUGGCCAAUGUUCCUCUUGGGGAUAGUACUGUACAUAUUGCGGUGUUCUGUCUCUCACUUAUGGGGACUAACCUAAGUGACUUUCUCGCCGAGGCCAACAGAGUCUUGGUUAUGAGUGGAGUGCUCAAGAUUGCUGAGGUGGCAAGUCGGUUUGAGAAUGUGCGUGGCUUCGUAGGUGCAUUAUCAAGUCUUGGAUUUAAGUUAACAUCAAAGGACACAAACAACAACUAUUUCUACCUAUUUGAGUUUAUUAAAGUUGCUAAUCCUCCUGAGAAUACCAAGAAGGCAGGACUGACACUGAGACCAUGUGUGUACAAAAAACGAUAAGAAACUUGGGGAAAGCCACUCAGGACCAGGAGAAGAAACAUAAGAAGGAUAAAGAAAUCUGCUGUAGAUAUGUUGACCAGCAGCAGUUCUUAUUUUUGUACAUGUGGUGUUAUAGUUGAAAGUGAAUUGCUAAGGUUGUAAUACACCUGUGUAGUCUGCAAUUCAAUACACAAUGAGGAAGAGGCAAGACUAUGGACAGCACCAGAAUUAUUUCCUGGCAAAAUCAAAUCAAGGGAUUCAACAGUUAACCUGGACUUAAGUAUCUCAAUCCUCAUAUAAUUUUGAGUAUAGAAAUGUCACUGCAUUGAGUUUUUUUUCUUAUGUAUAAGAACGUAAUGUUUUUUUUUAUUUACAUUAAUGUGUUGAUGUUUCUGGUGCUUUUGUGUUAUAUUUAAAACAUGUAAAAUAUAUAAUGAUCUAUCAAUUUCAUUAUCUGUAAUAUUACAAAAGUAAUAUUUGGAGAAUAAUCAUACAUAGGCUACUAUAGUACUUAUAUGUUCUAAUGUUCUAUGGAUUUAGUUUACCUUGAGUUUAUCUGGUAUGAAAGUGACAACUUCAUGAUUCAUUUCAUGAUAUGAUAGUGUCUUUCUUCACAGCACCCUCAGGUCUUUUCUAGUUUGUCUAUCAUGAUGGGGCGUUGGGCGGCUCCUUCCUCAAAUCAUUACCAUUAAAUCAGAUUAUGGCAUCCUGUUAA